UCUGUCAAAAUUGUGUUGAACUGUUGACGGCAUUGACGCGUGUCAUUAGCUAUUGAAGCGUCUCAAUCGAAAUUCAAUUAUUACAAAUUAUUACCGAAAUAAAUAAGCAUGUCCGGGCACAAUGUUAAUGUAUGUGAUAUAGGAGACGAGGUAAAGGAAAAACUAAAGAAGUUUCGCUUCUCUAAACACAAUGAAAAUUGUGCUUUAAUAUUGAAGGUAAACAGAGAAAAACAGAUGCUGGAGGUGGAUGAAGAACUAGAGAGUGUGGAGUUGGAGGAGCUCCAAGAUAUAUUACCGUCUCACCAGCCACGCUUCAUUGUCUACAGCUACAAGAUGGAACACGAAGAUGGCCGCACAUCAUUUCCGAUGUGCUUCAUAUUCUACACUCCCCGAGACGCACACAUGGAGUUACAGGUGAUGUACGCGGGCACCCAGCGCGCCCUGGCGGCCGCCGUGGGCGCCCCGCGGCUGCUCGAGGUGCGCGAGAUCGACGAGCUCACCGCUGAUUGGCUCAAGGAAAAGCUCUCCAGGUAGACGUAGAUCUACAGUACUAUGUAAAGCAGGUUCAUUGAUUGUGAAGUCUAAAGAUAAUCACGAACGCUAUUGACUUAAGAGGGAAGCAUACAUGAUCGUGCAUACAAAAAAACGUUCUGCCACUUCUGAAUAUUUUCUAUUCCAUUCUCCAUGAUUGAUUCAGGUGUUGCAGGUGUCCAUGGGCGGCGGUAAUCGCUUACAAUCAGGUGAUCCGUCUGCUCGAUUGCCACCUGUAU